AAACCCACGAAGAAGGAAAAGGUAAACAAGACCAAGGUAAAAGAUAACGUAAGCCAGGCGCAGGUUGUUGACAUUAAUCAGCUGUCUGCCAUGGCUGCGCAGAUCCGCGCUGUGGUCUCCGCUCCGUGGCUGGCCAACGCCAUCAAGAAUAAACUCGUCGGUCCAAAGCUGCGUAUUCUGGACGGGACCUGGUAUCCGCCGAAAACCAAGCGGGUCGCCAAAGAGGAGUUCAGUCAGAAACACAUCCCGGGAGCGUCGUUUUUCGACAUCGACGCAUGCAGCGAUAAGAGCUCCCCGUAUGUCUACAUGCUGCCGACGUCCAGCGACUUCUCCCGGUACGUGGGAGAGCUCGGCAUCGGGAACGACACCCACGUCGUGGUCUACGACACCAGCGACCUGGGCUCGUUCAGCGCGCCCAGAGUGUGGUGGAUGUUCCGGGUGUUCGGGCUCGGCUCGGUGUCGGUGCUGGACGGAGGCUUGAAGAACUGGCUGGCUGAGGGUCACCCGGUGACCUCCGACUACAGCGAGCCGGAGCGGAGAGACUUCCAGGCGAGCCUGAAUCAGUCCUGGGUGAAGAGCUUCGAGGAUGUUCUGGAGAACAUCAAGACCAAGCAGGUCCAGGUGGUGGACUCCAGGUCUGCUGGCGGGUUCUGGGGAACUGAGCCAGAACCCGCAAAAGAUUCUGUCUCUGGACAUUUCCCCGGAGCAAUCAACAUGCCCUUCACGUCUUUCCUGGAUUCGUCUGGAAAGCAUCUCGGCACCGAGACCCUGGCCAAACUCUUCAAGGAGGCCGGAGUGGACCUGGAGAAGCCUCUCUGGGCUUCCUGCGGGUUUGGAGUCACAGCUUGUCAUGUUAUUCUGGCAGCUCACCGGCUUGGGUACUCUGGGAUCGGGCUUUAUGAUGGAUCGUGGGGGGAGUUUUUCAAAAGGGCCCCUCCAGAGUACAUCAUUUCAGAGAGGGAGGGAAAGAAGGGAUGAUUUAUAUGACCAACUUCCAUUUGUUCUUUGCAAAUAGAAUAUCCUUUAAUUCAAGCUGUGCAUUUUAUUUUAAUGUAAUUUUGUAUAAUUAUGUAGGUGAUGGAAUUUAAAUGUUUAUGAAUGUUAACAGUGAAUGCAUUAACAAGUUCCUCAGUUUUCACACUACAUGUAAAUAUUCUUAAUGUGAAAAUAAUAUAUAAAUAUGUAAUUGAAACCAGAUGUUAACAUGCACUUUAUGAAAAGAUUCAGAACAUUUUAUCUCAUUAUUAUUAUUAUUAUUUUAUUUUUUUAUUAUUAUUUAUUUUUUUAUUUUUAUAUAUCACCUCUGGUAGAAGCAACAUGUAAGGUCACGCGAGGAAGCAAUGUGUUUGAGAAGUGCCUUAAAAAUGACAUCCGUGGUUGCAUCUUCAUGAAGCUCGUCAGAAUUUUACAAAGCCAUGAUAUUGUCAUCGGGCUUUUCCAAAAAGUAUAAAGUCACAGCAAUCUUAGGCUUUUUUUUUUUUUUUCUUUUUUUUUUGAAGAAAGAGAGAAUAAAAGGUUUUCCUUCGUUGUUCCUAACUAAAAAAAA